AUGAAUCUAUACUUGUACAGUUCUACCCUCCUCAGAUCAAUCCUCGGCACGACCCGCGUGGAUCCGAGUCCGAGUCGGAGUCGGGGAGGAAAAAAACCACGGAUACUAGAAAAGCCACUCCCUCAUCCUCUUCUUGUCUACGCCACCAAACCCAACACCACAUCCAAAAUGAAACCCUCUACAAUGCGCGCCUUGAGCCGGCGCAUCAACUCGCUCAUCGAGUCCCGCUCCCCCCUCAGCACCAGCUCACAAUGCCUCCGAUCUGCAACCCCCGUCACCAACAACCCAUCCAACCUACGACCACGACCACGCCUCCCACAACCUAGAACCGCAACGCCAGCGCAACAAACCCGCCCUUUCCUCUCCUCCAUCCUCCCCUCCGGCGGCCGCAACAACAACGAGCCUAAAGACCGCGUCCUGACCGCCACCCGCACCCUCCCCUACGCGCCCGCCAGCCUCUUCCGCGUCAUCUCCUCCGUCGAAUCCUACGCCGACUUCCUCCCCUUCCUGUCCGCGUCGACGGUCACGCACCGCGAUCCGCAAACCGGGUACCCGACGCGCGCGUUCCUGACAGUCGGAUACGGGCCGAUCAGCGAGACCUUCACGUCGAAGGUCGAUUGCGACGAGAGCCGCUGGGUAGUGGAGGCGCGCAGCGGGGCGAAGUUCGGGGUGGAUUCGAAGGAUGGACAAUCACCAACGGAAAUCACGCAGGGUCAGAGCCAGGGUCAGUCCGGCGGCUUGUUCGGGGGUAUCUUCCCCGGUGCGAAUGAGGGGAUCUUUGAGUAUUUGAGUACGAGGUGGGAGUUGGUUCCUGAGGCCGGAGAGCAGAGGCAGACGACGGUGCGGUUGCGCAUUGAGUUUGAGUUUAAGAGUCAGUUGCAUGCGGCGAUGAUGAAGGCUGUGGAGCAUCAGAUGGCGACGGCGAUGAUUGAUGCGUUUGAGCAGAGGAUUAGGGAGGUGGAGAGGUGGUGA